AUGGCUCUUAAAUGCGUACGGGUUUGCAUUCACCAAGCGACGAAUAAGCAGACAAGGAGGAGAUUCGAAAGAGUAGCGUGGGUUCUCUUCGUCUUCGUGCGAGCCAGUUUGAGGUCAACCCUGGACCCAAACUGCCGCAUCAUGCGGAAGACCGGGCAUCGCCAUUGGCGGACACGCAAUUUUUGCCACUAUAUAACGGCAUUGAUAAUUCUCAUAGCUAUUUGUGCUGCAGCAGAUCAAACGGAUGACGAGUCGCGUCUUGUCCUUAUCAAGAGAGGCAGAAGCGGCGGAAAUAAGCGGCCACCCUCAAAUCGUAAGCAAUCAACACAACAAUUGUUGACCCAUUCUUUUUUCGUUUACAAAACUCCCGAUGAAGUUACAGUCGAAAAAGAGAAAAGCCAAACGGUAAUUCUUGACACCAAUUACCUGCCUCCUGUGCAACAAUCGUCCCCAGUUGUUUCUUCAGCUCCUCCUUUAAACCAACCCAGUUUGGAUUACCUUCCGCCUCAGUCUCCGUCUACGGAGAGUACAACGAAGAAACCCACCAUUUACUUCCCUCCUCCGGCGAGAAAUCCAGAAAUUGAUCCAGCAAAUGUUUCUCUUUUCGAAACGACCGAAAAACUUGUCGCUUUGGAACCAACCAACGAAUCUACGAACAAGGUGAACAUCGCGCCAUUGUCUUUAUUUGAUGACAACAUCAUUCCUCCGGCAGGUGUAGUCGAAAGGAUCGUCGUAAAUAAUAGCAAAAACAAACAGGAAAAACAGAAGAAUCAAUACUCUAUUACGAGCCAAGUAGUAAGAGAUCCGCAACCGCCAAGUCCACCAAUUUACGAUCGCCAAGAUGAUAGCCUUUUCGAUUUGGAAUCUAGUUACGAGGAUAACAAGCCAGAGCAGAGUCCUAACUUACCGAGCUCUUCCUAUAAUUGGCCCACCCCUACGAAAAAACCCAAUACUCCAUCGCUGUUUGAUUUCGUUUCUAAUUCAAAUGACGAUUCAAAAUAUUCUGCGCCGGCUGCACCCUCAAGUUUUGAACCUUCGCGGCCAUCGAUUUUCAUUGAGACGAAACCGCCAGCAGCACCUGGAUAUGCUGCAGCUGCACCUCCAGCCGCCCCAUCAGCAGAACCGGGUCCUCCUUCGCCUCCAGGGAUUUCGAACGGUGAUUACAACCAAGUUCAUUUGACGUGGGCGCAACUUCACGCUAGUUUAACUCCAUCGACGGAUGCCGCGAGUUUAGUGUCUUCCAUCACUAACAGUGGCAAUACUUAUGUCACCAGUGGGGGCGGAUCUCGGCCCGCUCCUCCAGUAGGACCUCCAGCACCACCGGUUGUUGGUCCUCCAGCUCCUCCCGCUCCUAUACGACCACCGUCUCCUCCCGUCGUCCCAACACGCCCAGGUGGAAUUGGUUCGACUAUUGGCUCAACAAUAGGUUCAACAAUAGGUUCGUUAAUUCCAGGUGGCAUUGGGUCAGGCAUUGGGUCAGCUAUUGGUUCAACGAUCGGCUCGCUAGUUCCUUUCACUCCGCUCCCUCCGGCUCCUCCACUCACCUUUGCGCCUUCGUUGUUUGAUGGGAAAGCAGAUCCUUACGGAUCAGCAUAUUCCAAUGCUGGAGCUUCGGCUGCCCAGCCGCAAUUGUAUCAACAAGAGCAGCAGCAGCAACAACAACAAGCCUCCUACUUACACCAAUUUCCCAGCUACGUUUUUGUACCGGCCAGUCCUGCAGUGGGGCCUCCAUCAAGUUACAGUCCUUCAUUUUCCGAUGUUCCACAGCAACAGCAAGAAAAGCUUCCACGUUACGUUCUUCCACCGGCCAGUCCAUCAGCAGACCCGCCGUCAAGUUAUAGCCCUUCUUCCUCGAGUCCUCAACAACAACAACAGAGUUCACCAGCAGGACCAACCAUCAUCAUUUAUUCGGGAUCGUCCUCUUCUCCUAGCCAACAAAGUGACUCAGGAUCGCAGUACGGUGGACAACCAUCAUUCAGUAGCCCACCAUCCAAUCCGCCAUCUUACCAAGGAUCCUUUAGCGCUCCUCCAGCCAAUCCUCCGUCCUAUCAACAGUCCUUCAGUAGCCCUCCCCAACAGUUUUUCAGCAAUCCACCUGCAGCCCCUCCUGCCAAUCCCCCAUCCUACCAACAGACUUUCAGCAAUCCACCGGCUGCACCUCUAGCUAAUCCUCCAUCGUACCAGCAAUCUUUUAGCAGUCCACCUGCGAACCCGCCAUCUUAUCAACAAUCCUUCAGCAAUCCACCGGCUGCACCUCCUGCCAAUCCUCCAUCUUACCAACAGUCGUUUAGCAGUCCACCUGCAAAUGCUCCAUCAUACCAACAGACUUUCAGUAAUCCACCGGCUGCACCCCCAGCCAAUCCUCCAUCCUACCAACAGUCGUUUAGCAGUCCACCUGCAAAUCCUCCAUCGUACCAGCAAUCUUUUAGCAGUCCACCGGCUGCACCUCCAUCAUACCAACAGACUUUCAGCAAUCCACCGGCUGCACCUCCAUCAUACCAACAGAGUUUCAGCAAUCCACCGGCUGCACCUCCAGCUAAUCCUCCAUCGUACCAGCAAUCUUUUAACAGUCCACCCGCAAAUCCACCAUCGUAUCAACAGUCUUUCAGCAAUCCACCCGCCGCACCUCCAGCGAAUCCACCAUCUUAUCAACAAACUUACGAAUCUUUCAGCCCAUCUUUCAAUCCUCCGUCUGCUCCUAGUUUCAAUAACUACGCACCAGCCAAUCAGCAAAUUUUUAAUCCUCCGGCAUCUCCUAGCUCAAACAGUUAUGCUCCGUCCAGCCAACAAUUCUUCAGUCCGCCUCAACCUCAAGCAGCUCCGCAGCCGCCUGCUCCCCCACAGCCACCGGCUCCUCCGCAGAGCCUUUUCAAUUCUUACGGCGAACCCAUUGGAUUGACUGGAGUGCCAAUCCAACCUAGUUCUCAACAAACUACAUACAAUUCAAAUCAGCAACAACAACUGCCCAGCUACGUUCUGUCACCAGCCAGUCCGCCAGCACCGGUAGGUCCUCCGGCAAGUUACAGCUCAUCUUUUUCGAGUCCUCCAGCACAAACUUUUCAAGAUCCUAUUCCAGUUUCCAAUCCGUCUUAUCAAGUGGCUGUAUUAUCACCACCUUCGGUAACUUACGUUCAACAACAACAACAACAACCUGUUAUUCUACAACAGCAACAACAACCAAUUUUUGUUCAACAGCAGCAACAACCUAUCGUGGUCCAACAACAACGACCGGUUUUGGUACAGCAGCAACAACCCAUCGUUGUCCAGCAGCAGCAGCAGCAAGCGCCCAUUGUUGUCCAACAACAGAGACCUGUCUUGGUUCAACAACAGCCCGUUCUCGUUCAGCAACAACCAGUCGUUGUCCAGCAACAACGGCCAGUCGUCGUCCAGCAACAACAACCCGUUUUCGUUCAACAGCAACAGCCCGUUCUCGUUCAACAACAACCUGUUGUAGUACGGCAACAACGACCCAUCAUCGUGCAACAACAAGCACCGGUAUAUGCUCAACAACAACAACAACAAUCUUCUUAUGACAGUUACCAGCCAUCUUAUCAACAGCCGGCCUACCAACCAGCGUUCCAGCCAUCGUACGAGCCGGCCUAUCAGACGGUUAUUCAACAACCUGCACAGCCAGUUCUUCAACCCGUUAUCCAGACGGCCGUUCUGCAGCAAGUUCAGCCCGUCUUCGAUCCCGUUUAUCGUCCAGCUGCCGCAACGCAAGUAUUCCGUGUACCCUUCAAAGCACAGAAGGGCAAUAAAGCAAAGGCCAAAGGUAAAGAAGGCAAAGGCAGAGACAAGUUUAAAAGCAAAGGAAAAGGUCCGUCCAACACGUACGACGCUCCGUCCAAUAGUUACGGAGCGCCGCCAUCGUAUAAUUACCAGCCAUCCGCUCCCCCAGCAGCCGAUCCGCCAGCACAGGAUGAGCCAGCAUUCGAUAGUCUUGUGGAAGUGUUGCAGCCGCAGUUAGACAUUCAAUACCAGUAUAAAUAUUCUGGACCACCAAUUAUGGGUCGUGGUGAAAAGGCAUCCAAGAAGCUCAAGAAACUCUUCUAUAAGGGAGCCAUCCUUUUGGGCGGAUUAGGAGCUAUUACGGCCGCACCCAUCGUUCCUGGAGUCAUCGGUGGCCGUAAGAAACGCGAGACUCGACAGCGGGACGAUAUCCUUCUAGCCAAUUUGACUCCUUCAACUGAGAUGAUGCAAGACUCGUACAUUCCCAAUCCAAAAAUGAAACUGGAUUUAUUGACAGUGGAGAAAGUUAUUGCCCAUUCGGAUAAUAACUCGUCGUUGUUUGACAACCUGCCGUUCCAGGGAGCUCCGAUUCCGAAGAAAUUGCGCAAAGAGCUCGCUCGUUAUCUACCACCAGCUGAAGCCAUCAACGACACCGAGUGCCUUCAGAAAUCUUUCUGCGAAAAUCUUAUCGAAUUAAACGACUCACCUUUUCAGGACAGUUUUCUCUUCUUCUACGCAGCGUAA